AUGGCGAGCCACCAACUUGGUAGAAUGGCAGAGACAAUCACCAUAUCUGUCGCUGAGUACGAGUCCUUGAUCGAAACAGGACAUAAAUUUCUUGCCCUGAAGCACGCAUUGCUGGCAGGAGGAGUUAGCACCGAGACAUUGGACGUCUUGACCAGCGGCGAUUGUCCACAGACGGCCCCGGAUGAAGAGUUCAAUUCAGCCAAUGUCCGCGUCAACGAGCCAACCCAAGACGGCGCUCAACACGUCGCUUAUUCACAGAAACCUUUCGAAUCCGGAUUCCCUUCACCUCUUACACCUGAAUACACCGAGGAAGAUGACGCACAAGAGGAGGUAUCAGGAGAAUCGAACGAGCAGACUGGUGAUGCUAUCACGACCGCAAAACGGUCACUGACAAUUUCCGGGCUAUCGCCCGCCACGACCCUCCAAAGCCUCGCUCAGGUUCUCAAAGGUGGUGCCAUCUUACAAAUGUACAUGCGACCCCAACACGGCUCGGCCCAUGUCAGCUUCGUGGAUCCAACUGCAGCACACAACUUUCUUCGCUAUGCACGGACAAAUGACAUCUCCAUCGGGAGAAAGAAGGUGAAAGUAGCAUGGGAGAACCGACAAACUCAGAUGUCCCCAAGCUUUGCCAAAAUCGUCCAGUCGCUCGGCCGAACUCGCAACCUGGUUAUUCGCUUUGUGCACCCAGAAUUGAAUGAAGAUAUCAUUCGAGCAGAUCUCGACCACAUCCAUUACUUGGAAGUUGUCGACCUCUUCUUCAAAAAAGGCCAUGCCUAUAUAUCUCUCAACAGCAUUCGAUCGGCUAUAACGGCAAGGAGCUGCCUGAUGUCGCGCCUCAAGUACAAGAGGUUCCAGAUUGAUUUCCAUCAAGACGAUUGUGCCCAACCGCUGCCACAAAAGCCCUCAGCGACCGAGCCGGUCGCAUUCUCGCACAAAAAUCCCUUCCAACUGCUCUUCGAUGCAUCCGAAGAGUCCCAAGAGUUCUCAAACGCGGUCGAUCGUUGA